CGCGCGGGGAGAGCGGGCUCCGGACGCUUGACAUGGCGGCAGGGGCGGCGACUGCAGCAGCGAAGGGGAAUGGGGGCGGCGGAGGCCGGGCCGGGGCCGGCGAAGCUGGCGGCGCGCGGAAGAAGAAAGGCCCAGGGCCUCUGGCCACGGCGUACCUAGUCAUCUACAAUGUGGUGAUGACGGCGGGGUGGCUUGUUAUAGCAGUUGGUCUGGUCAGAGCAUACCUGGCUAAGGGUAGCUAUCACAGCCUUUAUUAUUCCAUUGAAAAGCCUUUGAAGUUCUUCCAAACUGGAGCCUUACUGGAGAUUAUACAUUGUGCGAUAGGAAUUGUUCCAUCUUCUGUUGUCCUGACUUCUUUCCAGGUGAUGUCAAGAGUUUUUCUAAUAUGGGCAGUAACGCAUAGCGUCAAGGAGGUACAGAGUGAAGACAGUGUCCUCCUGUUCGUUAUUGCCUGGACAAUCACAGAAAUUAUCCGUUACUCCUUUUAUACAUUCAGUCUAUUAAACCAUCUGCCUUACCUCAUCAAAUGGGCCAGGUACACGCUUUUCAUCGUGCUGUAUCCAAUGGGAGUGUCAGGGGAACUGCUCACGAUAUAUGCCGCCUUGCCCUUUGUCAGACAGACUGGCCUGUACUCCAUCAGUUUACCCAACAAAUACAACUUCUCCUUUGACUAUUACGCAUUCCUAAUUCUCAUCAUGAUCUCCUACAUUCCAAUUUUUCCUCAGUUAUACUUCCACAUGAUACACCAGAGAAGAAAGGUCCUUUCUCAUACUGAAGAACACAAGAAAUUUGAAUAGUUCCUGCUUCCUGCACUGCCCCCAAAAAACAAACUUUUCAAUGACAAAAAAUGCUGCAGACUUUUUGAGUUCCUAAUACAUUUCAUAGAAAAUAAGUAAGAACUAUUUUUAAAAUAUUUAAAAAAUAAAACAAAAACCAAAAUUCAGUAUCACGUGGGCCUAGGAUUUUAUUUAAAAAAAAAAAAAGCUGUUACAUGAAACAUCCUGGCUGGUCCAUUUCAGCAUGCUCUUUCAACCAGAAGUUCCCAAUAUUUAUGAUGGCGCUAGAAAAGGAUUUGGCAUUUUAUAUCCUCCUGUUUCCUUCAUGUAUCUGAUAAAUAAAGAGCUGAACACUAAAUACUUGAGAGUUACAGUCUAAGUAAUGAAGUUGGACCAGUUGAAUGCCCAGCUCGUGGUAGAGUUAUAUUUCAGUCUGCAGUGUGUUUAAUUAGCAUUCCCUUUUCAAAGUGCUUGACUGCAUGCUGGAAACUCUCUGUAUUUUUGAAGCGGCAAACUUUGGAAUGCUCUGAAGUUAUGGCUGGGACCUGUCCCCUCCUAUCUAGCAAGUGAAUUAUACAAUGUAUAUGUCUGUGACGCUUUGGGGUAGAACCUUAAUCAGAAAACAACUAAAACCUUUUGUUUGUUUUCAGUUGAGUCCUCACUGCCUGCCACUAAGAAACAGUGCUUGAAUUUAAUAAGUUUGUGUACGUUGUAGAGAUCUUACCUUAUCUGGGGCUCAGCCUCUAUCAUAUUUUAACAGAAUGACAGUCCUCAGAAUGUAAAUGACAAGUACCUUUCACAGCCCCAUUCUCAGAACACCUGUGAAGGAUGUAUUUGCCAACAGCUAUUCUCAUUUAUGGUCCUGAAGGCAGUCCAGGCACAUGGAAGUAGAGAAUCUGUUAUUGCAAGCACAUGGAAGGUGUUACUUUAGGAAUGUAGUCCGGAAGAACAUUCAGGAAUAGGUUUAUACACCAUUAUUAUUUGAUUUUUAAAUUUUCAUUCAGCUCUUCAUUCAGGCUCCUUCUCCUAAUUAUGGUCCUGUGUAAUCCCACCGAGUUGUGAGUCCAGAGGCAGUGAAGAGUUCCAGUUGGGCAGUCAUGAACCAAAGGCAGUGUCCUCCCCGCAUGUUGGAGCAGCCAAGAAAUAAUUUAGUCAGAUGGACACUGUAAUUAACAGUAUGUCUUCAUACCAUUUAAUUGCUCAACUGUACAUUUAAGACUCUUCAGGAAAGGGUUGGAUGAAAAUGUAAAGCCCAGGUGUAGAUGUGCAUUAGAUUUUAAACACAGAAUGUUCUCGGUGGUGCCUUUUUUUUUCUUAAUUGAUUGCUCUUUAAAAUUUUACAAGUCUAGUUUACUAGCUUACUAGUUUUCAUUUAAAAUAUAAUUGCUAAUAUCAGAAGAGUAUCAUAAUGGAAGAUAAUUUUUAAGUGCGUAGUUUCAUAGAAGCUGGAAAAUUAAGAUGAAAAUGAGAAGAAAGUAUGCAGCGUAAAAUUUAAUGCAGGCAAAUGUGUAAUAAAUUAUUUUUGAAUUGAACAUUAAAAUUCUGCUUCUUAAAAUCACUCUUAGGUGUGUUGAGAUUAGAAUCUAUUCUUGUACUUCAUGAACAAAAUAUGUGGGAAAGAUUAUUUUUCAUGCUUUUUCUUCUUCCAAAAUGUAUUUCUACUAUAAAAUAAAAUCAAUUUGGGUUAUAUUAGUCUUAUUACUUAGUUGGGGUAAGAUUUUUUUCAGUUGUUUUUGGAAUAGUUAUAGAACAUGGGAUGGAAAAUGUAGGUUUUCCAGGAUUGCUGGAUUGGGGGUUUUAUUCAGGCCUCACUGUUAUAAUCUGUCACUAUUUGUGGAAAACAGUCUGUCGCAAACAGUGAUAUUGCAUCAAAUUGAACUUUGGCAACAAGAGCACAGCAAACAACUCCCUUCUCAAAAAAGGUCUCAACCCCAGUGUGUAUUUUUGUCCAUCAACAUUUAAAAUGCUCAUGGCAGAUAAGUGAGGAAUGCCACCAUGUCCUUCAGUCACCUCUCAGGAACCGGUUUCUUUAUCUCUAACAUGAAUUAAGUUCUCCUUUGAAGUGGUGGUGUUCUUUUAUUAACUGAGAACAUCUAACCCCACCAAAUGCCACAUCGUCUUAUAAAGUGUGAAUGAAGAGGGUGGUGUUGGGUGGGUAUUUUGUCAGACUUCUCGUUUUCAUUUAAGGGCCUAUUCAAAGGCAUCAUCUGCCUGGCUGCCCACUUGACUGGGUGUUUCAGAUCCCCCCUCCGGGGACCACCUUUUAGCAGAGAAUUCUUUGAAGUACGUAGCAGUGCUUUGUAGACACAAGGUGCUAACCGGCAUGUUGCUGUGUUCUGUUUGCUAAGGUUGGGAUCAUUCAUUAAACUCAUCCUGACCAUUAUCACGGGCACCCUGGAGAUUUAGUGAUGGAAAAAGCACUCUCCUCCCCACCCCAAAACAAGUUCGGUCCUCAGGAGCGCACUUCUGACAGGAAGGGUGUAGAGGAUGUGGAGUUAAAGAGGCGUGUGAGGAGAUUGUGCCCUCGCUUCCACUUGUUUUUUUAGUUAUUCAUUUAUAAUAAAAGGUUGGCAUUGAUGUGGUACAACCUGCAAAUUAUUUUCAAUUCUGAGUUUCAGAUAAAACAUUAUAAAACAUCAGAAUCAGUACAUACUGCUCCUUUGAAAUUUGGGUAAAAAAUUAGACAACCAUAUAUAUAGUCAUUUUUGUAUUUUUUCUAUGUUGUGAAAACCAAAAUUGUAAUUUUAUAAGUCUUUGAUUCACUAAAAUUAUAUAAUUUAAAUGUAUUUUUUGUAUAUUUAGAAAUAAGGAGUUCAAAGACUAUGCUUAACUUUCUAUGCAUGCAUUUGGAAGCUGUUUUUACCUGAUAUUGUUAAUGUGGUAAGAAGUUGUAGUCAUAAAAUACUGAUCUGUCUUGCAUUUCAAAAUAAACUGGUGUGUGCUCUGCCUGGA